UUGAGCUAACAUGUGAGUGUCUGUUGGCUUGACAGGUAAAGAUUAAAGAUAAAGUUUGAAUACAUUAGUUGUACAUUUCCGGCUUUUGAAAACAGGCUCACAUUGACGCUAAAGUUUAGCAUGUCCUCUGUCAGCCACUGUCAGUAGACAUCACCAGGAAGGAGCAGAUAUAGUACAACAUGUCUGCGUGUAAAAGGUUACUUUACGUUGUGAAGCACCGGAGCUUGUGGACGCAUGUUCGGAGAAAUGUCACAACGUGGUCUCCUGUUGGAGCUGCUUUCAACGCCAAACAUCAAAAACGACCGAACUUGUUCGAGAAAAACGUGGGUUUGUUUGGGGUGCCAGAGCUGAGCUGUCCUGCAGGCUUCCAGGCUGUCACAGACCGAGCUCUGAAGAACACGGAGCGUCUGGUGGAGAACGCCUGUUCUUGUCCUCCAGGCGUUGAGACGGUGGAGUCUUUUGACCAACUCUCAGAUGGUUUGUGUAAAGUGGCUGAUCUGGCAGACUUUGUGAAAGUGGCACAUCCAGAUCCAGCGUUUCGCGAGGCUGCAGAGAAGGCCUGCAUAGAGAUCGGCACGGUUGUGGAGAAGCUGAACACCAACGUUGAGCUUUGCAAGAGCCUAAAAAUAUUGCUGGACAGCCCGGAUAUUGUGGCUAAACUGGACGCUGAUACGAGACGAGUGGCAGAGCUGUUCCUGUUCGACUUUGAAAUCAGUGGAAUUCAUCUGGAUGACAAACUGAGGAAAGAGGCCGUCGCUCUCCACGUGAAGCUGUUGGAUCUAAACAACGAGUUUCUGGUCGGCUCUCACCUGCCGAACAGAAUUGCGAGGUCUGCGAUUCCCGAGCAUCUACACAUGCACUUUGCAGAAGAAGGAAGCUUCAUCCAAAUUGGGGGAUUACACGCAGACUCCCCCGAUGACUUGGUGCGAGAAAUAGCGUACAUGAUUUACCUUCAUCCAAACGCAGAUUUGAUGGAGUGUCUGGAAGAGCUGCUGAAAUGCAGAUACAAACUGGCCAAACUGGUCGGCUACGAGUCCUACGGACACAGAGCCCUGAAGGGAACGAUGGCCAAGACACCAGAGGCGGUGAUGAGCUUUCUUCAUUUGUUGACGGAGAAGCUGUCAGACAGAACAGCCGCAGACUUUACGAUGAUGAGGAACAUGAAGAAAAAACUCAACCCUCGAAAUUCUGAGCUCAUGCCUUGGGACCAUCCGUACCUCAGUGGUGUGUUGCGUGCUGAAAGGUACAACAUAGAGCCCAGUCUGUACACUCCAUAUUUGUCUCUGGGCGCCUGCAUGGAGGGUUUGAACAACCUCUUCUCCCAGCUGUACGGCGUGUCCCUGAUGUCCGAACACGCCAGUGCUGGAGAGGUCUGGAGCGAGGACGUCCGCAAACUGGCUGUGGUACAUGAGACGGAGGGAUUAAUGGGAUAUAUCUACUGUGACUUUUUCCACCGGCAGGAUAAACCUCAUCAGGACUGUCACUUCACCAUCCGCGGCGGCCGCCGGUGCACGGAAACGGGUCAGUACCAGCUCCCAGUCGUGGUGCUGAUGUUGAGUCUGCCCCACCCGACCAAGAGAGCCCCCACCCUGCUCACUCCCGGCAUGAUGGAGAACCUCUUCCAUGAGAUGGGACACGCCAUGCACUCCAUGCUGGGACGCACCCGCUACCAGCAUGUGACGGGAACCAGAUGUGCGACUGACUUCGCUGAAGUCCCGUCCAUCCUCAUGGAGUACUUUGCCACCGACUACAGAGUCAUCAGCCAGUUUGCACGCCAUUAUGAAACUGGACAGCGUCUCCCUCAGAGUUUGGUGGCUCGCCUGUGUGAGUCAAAGAAGGUGUGCGGAGCCGCAGACACCCAGCUGCAGAUUUUCUAUGCGGUGUUGGACCAGAUCUACCACGGCCAGCCUCAGAACCAGACCACCACAGAGAUCCUGGAGGAGAUGCAGCAGAAAUUCUACGGCUUGCCUUACGCGCCCAAUACGGCGUGGCAGCUGAGAUUCAGCCACCUGAUUGGCUACGGGGCCAAGUACUACUCCUACCUCAUGUCCCGCGCCGUGGCCUCAAUGGUGUGGAAACAGUGCUUCGUUCAGGACCCUUUAAACAGGGACAUGGGUGAGCGUUACCGUCGGCAGAUGCUGGCCCAUGGAGGAGCCAAGGAGCCCAUGCUGAUGGUGGAAGGUAACUUCACCAUGUCCAAUACUUUUUUCCCCAAGAUGUUUGAAGAAUCUUUUUAGAUUUACCCAUAAAAUUCAACAAAGCUCAUUAUUUUAGGACCAGUUUAUCUGAACAUGUUUGGGUUACAUCAGGCUUCUAGGCCUCAGUUCUGCUAAUAUUUUUGGGCUCCCGGCUCACCUUUUGACCCCAUCGCCUUAAGAUAACAGUCGCCCCACCUUGUGCAAGACACCUUCUCUUCUCCAGGCAGAUUGAGCUCAUUUGUACCAUCUUUAAAAUGUUUUAAGAUUCCCCAGAGUUCAUCUCCAGGUUUCCUUCGGUUUAGGAAUUAAAGUGUCAAUCCAUUGGCUAAAAUUACUGUCGCAUUAUGCUGUGGGAUUUAUUUCGACAGCCUGGAGGGUCAACUGCUCUAAAAUGUGUUUUUUUUCCAGCAGUCUGUGAGGCAGAAAAUCAUCCUUGAAAGACGACAUACUGAUUACGAGUUAGAAUGUGCGUCAAAGUAAAAAGUUAGAUAAUAAAAGUAACCUUCUUUUAUUUACCAGUUAUUUUUCAAAUGUGUAAAAGGGUUAUAAAAUAUUAUAGAGGAAGAAGAAAUAAAUAAAUUACAUGACAAAUAGAUGAAUAAAAAACGACACAUGAAAACAGUAAAGAUUGCUAUAUAUUCGAGUACCAUGAGACAACUGUGAACCCAAUUUCUCCCACAAAGAAUUAUCAAUCUACAGCAUAAACAUGAAAAUAUGUAUUUAUAUAUCAAGUAAGAUUGACAAGUGUACUUGGUGUCCAUUACAGUCCGUAAGCCUCACCAGUAACGACGGUAUUGAACAUCACCUGAGGGGAAUCGUAGCUUGAGUUCAUUAGUCGGGUCGGGUGUUGCUGCUGUUGUGGUUUGGCUCGCUCUGUGCUUGAGCUCCCACAAUGGCACCUAUUUACCGAUCUGACACACCUCCCAAUGUUUCUCAUCUUUGUUUACAACAGCAACCCAGAGACGCAGCCAGUCCUGCUGCGGUAUAAAUUGUCGUGUCAGCUCCCUCUGGCAACCAUACGCUAUUCAUGCUAGUCCAAAAGAAAUCAUAGCUCAAAGACAUUAUGCUGCUUUUCUUUUUUAAAACAGACAAAAUCCAGAAGGCAGGAAAUAUAGACAUGGAUGAUUAUGGGUUUGAACCAUAAAAAACCACUGACUCUGCAGGGUUAAAACACAGACCGGUACAUUCAACUUUGUGUUUAACCAACAUUUUUCAGCCAUGCCAGCAGCGCGGCUCUAGAGACGGCAUUGUCAGUCAGUUGGUCUACCACGUCGGUGACGACUCAAACUGCUCAACUGUUGGACGGAGUACCGUGAAUUCUUUUGUUCCUCCCUGAACUUUAAUAACUUUGGUGGGAACUUUUCAACCAAUAAAUCAGUUAAUAAACACAUAACAGACAUUCAGGGCUGGUCCUCUGUCGGGGGUAUCCUCCCCUGCCACACAUUCUUUAUUUUAUUUUUAAUAAAUCUGUUUUCAUCACUGAACUAGCUCCAUCAUCAAGUCAAAAGCUCAGUUUGUCAAAUAAUUUGUAUUGCGAUCAAAUACCUGCAAAGCUAAAGGCAUUCCCAUCAGUCUCAGCUGUACGUUGUGUUUUAGCACGAAGUAGCAAAUGUUAGCAUGCUAACACGCUAAACUACGAUAGUGAUCAUGAACUAUAUACCUGCUACACAUCGGCAUGUUAUCAUUGUGACGUUGUGUGUAGCCAAACAUGUUAGCGUGUGUACUUCCUCACAGAGCCGCUAGCAUGGCUGUAGACUUGUGUUUGGAUAUCUUCCGGUGCGUCUGUUUGUAACCGUCAAACUGACUGUUAAUCAGGUUAUGUCAUUCUCAGCAGAAGAUGUAGUUUCUUCCAAUAGACAUGACGGGGCAAAACAAACGACUUCCUCCUGUUUCUCUUCCCUUCCUCCUCCCCUACUUCAGCAGUCACUGUGGCAUGUCUGGACAGGACAACAGAGGCGAGGGAUUAGUAAGAUCAGGUGACAUUUGGGAGUGGACUGUAAAUCUCUCCCUCAGGGUCACCUCCUCGCUCCUCCUCCAGAUUGUCCCUUUGGCAGCUCCGACUAAGGGCUGCGCCCAGCUUCUGAAAUUACCGCCACCAACCGAUCAAGUCCUUGUUAUUAGAUCUACUGUCCAAAUAACUGUUGUUGAACUGUCAAUAUUUGCGUUUAUGGCUCCCUUUUGAAGUGAGCGCUACUCUAAUUAUAGGCCGAGGCCCAUGUGUGCGGAAUAGUUAUCCGGGUCAUAUUGAUCUCUCCGGCUGUCAUUCCCAGCCAUAAGUCAUCGUACAAGCCUUCUGCAAAAAUGUCUGCUUGGGGGAAUAACACCAACGCAAAAUGAUUUCAUUUUGCAACAGAAAAUAGAUUCAGAGCCUUGAAGUGGUUAGAUGCCAUUUCUAGUCUCGCAUGUUUGGCAAAUUUCCAUUGUACAUAUUGUUUUGUCCACUCUGUGCACCUGCGUUUAUGAUAAUCAUCUGAAACCCAUUUCUUUCUUUUUUUUUUAAAUCAUAAUAUCUAUUCCAUGUCUGGAGAAACACUCAAACGUAUUUAAAGAGACUCAUUCAGCCGCCUCAGCUGGCUACAUAUGUCCUCGUGAUUUACAUUGAGAUCAUGAAAACCACAGUCAGAUUGAUAAAAGGACAUCGGUGCAUGUGCUGAAACAUUUAGAUCUUCUCCACUCUUCACUGCGGGGUUGAGAGGUUCAUAGCAACCAUCUUGAAUUCCUAUUCGGGAACGGAAAACGGGUUUGAAUAAGAACAGCCCUUUUUACAUCAAACGCAGUAUUUAGGCCAGAAGAAGGACGCAGACUCCAGAUCCGACCCACUACGCAUAAUUCUUUCAAACAAAGAGCCCUGUACACAUGGUGGUGUGUAACAUUUCGCUGCGAUCCCCUUUGGCGAGGUGGUGGACGGGGGCACCCGGGGAACCGGAGCAGACCCGGGCGAGGCUGGUCUAGAGGCCAGACUUUAUCUGCUUGGCUCCCUCCCCACCGCUGGAUGUUUCCCAGGAAAGACCAGUGUUGAAACGUAAACCCAGAGCGGCAGCGCAAGGUACCGAGUGAAAUAAGUCCAAGGAAAAAGUGAGAGUAAGAGGGAAGAACAAGGCGAGAGAGAGAAAGGUGAACCUCGGCUCCUGCCACAGAGAGGGCUUUCAUGGCCCAGACUGUUCCCAGAGCCCCGACCGCCGAGCUCAGAAAAUGGAUCUACUCCGGCUCAGUAGCUGAGCUCUUUGUCUGAGGGCAGCGUGGCUGAAUAGUUCAUACGACCGCUUGCACAGUCGCUAAUAAAACCCCCAAGAGCACGGUGGUCCGCACGGUCCCACAGCACUGUUGUGACAAUGAUGUUUAGUUCGGCCUGAACCAGAGGAGAGAAACUUCACAGCGAAGAUGUGAAGCUGCAAAAUUCAUAAUUUACAGCCCUUACAUAAAAGCAGACAUGAUUUGUGAUGAAAAUGAUCCUCCAGGUCUAGAGGGAAGUGUCUCCUCCGUGAUUUAGCCUUUUGAUGACUCCAGCGCUGUGAAGACAAUAGUAAUACAAGUUUUCAAGGCGACGUAUCAUGAAAGACUCGCUUUUUCAGUGCUUGUGUCUUCCAACCCACAAACUGUAAAAUAAGACAACCCAGUCAGGUUUCUUUGUUGGCUUCCUGUAUCUGUCACAUGCAGGCUCAUUAGAAUAUACAGCCCACGGCUUGAGAACUACCUUUGCAGUGAUUCAUCAUAUUUAGCCAAUCAGAGCAAACGUGGCUUUUUAAUGAGGGAGGCGUAAAGAGGCGAGCGCUAAAACUGAGCUUUUCAGACAGAGAGUGGGUUCAGGUUCAUUCAGACAGAAAGUUGUUGAAGCUUUUGUGUGAUGGAAAUCUCACCAAAAGGAUGAUUUUUAAAAUAAUUUCACCAUGUUGACUUAGUUUAGCAUGUUAGUAUUCUAACAUUUGCAAAAACAAAGUACCGCUACGUAUUGGACAGUAAAGUAUUGGACAGACCAACAUCACUAGUUGCGCUUCUUGCAUGGCUAUAUAUUAGCAUAAAAACUAAGAUACAUGCGUUUCUCAGUUGCAAUAAUCAGAUUUAGCAUUUUGUCACAGAUUAAUUUUCUGCACGUUUAAGUGUGGAACAUUUUCCCACAUUAAAGCGCUGGUGUACUGAGUUUUGUAAGGUUUAUCCUCAAUACCAUUGCAGGGUUUUCUUUUGUGAAGGCACUUAGCCAACAAAGAGCCUCCCUGUGCAGCGUUUGUCAUCACCCUUGUCUCGCUUUACUUUCUGGGCCUGUCUUAAGUGCUGUUUGUAGAAAAAGCUUCCUGAACUUCAAAGGAGUAAUUACAGAGGCAGUGAGCCAAAGUUUGCCUCCAGGUUUGACAGAAGUAACUGCUUUUCACACCUCGACAUGUUUCAAAUGGUUACAAGCAGCAGCUGAACGGCUUCUGAGGCAGCCAGGAACACGUUUUGAAAAUGUGUGAUCGGCAACUCUUAAAGUGACUUAAAGCUCCGCGCGCUAGUCGUUGUACGAGUGUUUUUUUUUCGUACGCAUACAUGGAAUGUGACGCUACAGAGGCUCAAGUUACUGCACUCUGCAGUUUGUUCCCUUUUUUUUUUUUUUUAAAUGCACAAAUGUGGCGUACUGCUGCUCCCCCUGCGAGUGGGCUUAAUUGGCCAAUAAAAGCAACCAAUUAAAUCAUGAAAGAAGUGAGCACAGCCAAGCCCAAGAGACCGGGAUCAAUGGCUCUUAUACAACAGCUCAGCCCUCCGAUUGGUUAAAGACACUUUCCAACCACGCUGAUUAGUGCUCUAAUAGCAGAACAGCCGUAUUCUGCUAUUGGUGCACUAAAAGUGUGAAAGAGCUUCCUACACAUACUUCAUGAGAGCCAAUAAAUCAAUAUAUGUGUAUUUGUAGAAAAGAUGCACGACUCCAGAGGUUGUUGUUUACUUUGACUAACGAGCCUUCAACCCCAUGUUCAAGAUUUCCCCCCAAAAUGGGUUUACUGUUCUGUGAAUCUGUUCUUAAAAGAAUGUAUCUCAGCAGACACUUUACCACCAAAACUGGGCGGUAACUCAGAUGUUUGAUGAUUUCAACCAGCAGUAGCUGCAGGCUGGGCAACAUUUCUACUGAGAUCUUGUCCCCAGAGCCGUCAUUACCGAGGCUCAGAGCCACACAGAGGUCUUCAUCUGACUGAUAGCCAUCGCCCACCACCCUUGAAGUAGAUAGAUUACUCUGUGUAUGUUCUCCUGUGAGAGAUUAAGCUCUGUUUACUGGCAAGAUAUUUAACUUUCAAGUGUAAGUGUAACUGUAGAAAGAUAUUAGGGCAAGUUGCAGCUUCAGGGUCAGAGGGAGGAAACGGCAACGGAUUUAAAUAUUCACUAAAAUGUCCAUGUUGAGUCAUUUUGUUAUUAAAGCAGGUGGCUAAAAUGAGUUUCCAUUUCUCAGUGGAAAGAAUCUCUCUGCUCUGUAUUGAGAGAAUAGCUAUUUCAGACUAGAAGAGGCCGUGAACGUGUGACUUGAACGUUCCCACACCAGCUGAGGAAGAUCGGGCAGGAAUAGAGAGCGAGUGCUGCACUUCGCUUCCCAACAAGUACUCUUGAGCGAGGUGCUCAACCGCCAACAGCUCCAGUGGGGCUGCUCAGCGGCCAAACUGCAAAGCAGGGAUACAGUUGUUAAGAAAGAUCCACUGUUUGUUUUUUUGUUUCACACUUUUUUUUUGUCGUGUGUCUUUUAACACCUGCCCAAACUCUGCUGGCCAAGUUGGCCCCGAGAUGACUGUAAUGGGUAGAAGACCGGGUCCUCAAUGGCCGUGUCAGCGCCAUUAUGAAUGGAAAUGGAAACUCUUAAAUACGAGAUGACUCACAAGGCAAAGCCUCUGUCCUAAGACUCUCCUAACAAAGGACACAAAGCAAAGCCUAUGUUUGGUUUGGCUCUGCGUUUCCUCGGUGCGUCGCCAAGAGUGAGUUUCAGAGGUCUGCCCACUGUGAUGCUGUCAACUCAUACAGUAUCUGUUCAGAGGUACUGCUGCUGUAAACCAGAAUACAUUAAACAUGGAUUCAUAAUGGCAGGCAGUGAUGGUUAGGAAAAGCCUUAAGUUGCAUACGGGUGAUAAACCCUCUGGUGGUGUUCCCUCUGUGGACUGCACAGCUCCACCAUUAACCUCUGUGGUGCCUCCAUUUACUUCAGUGCUCACCUGUUUACAGCGUGCUGAUGGUGCCCUGUCGGUGUGUUAUGUCAGACUCAGCACCACCUCCUUGUGUGUAUCUAUAAAAGCCGCUUCUCCCAUCAGAUACUCCUCCACGAUGUUGUUAUGACUUUGAGGUUAUCGGUGCAUUCCUCUCAAACUCUCCCAGGGAUGUGGGCUGAGAACAGACUCACUCCUCACGGCUCAUUGUUGCGCCUCUCUUCAUCUCCUGGCGCUGACACCCGCAGCUGUUGGUGAUGAGAAGCCGGCGAGGGCGCUAUUGUUUACCCGACUUACCUCUUUCAUGAUCACGCCUCCCUUUGCUUCUCUCUCUCUCGCUCU